AGGCGAGGAGCGGCAUGCUGGGCAAGCUGGCGGCGGGCGGGGCCGAGGGGCUCCUGCUCAUCCAGGAUUCUGUCAGCUGUGAAGGCCGGACUUUGCUCAAGAGCUUUGCAGCAGCUUCAGCCCAAAGGGGGGAAUGUGUGCAGGUUCUCAGCUUUGACAUCCCAGAGGAAGAAUUCAAGGCUGGAUUCUCAGCAGCAGCGGCCUCCCAGCUAUUGUACCAUGAUGCAUUUCGAGAUCCCCUGGGCUGGACCGGGCAGGGCUGUGGUUUGGCCCUAGAAGAGUUUGGAACCUCAGAGCUGGUGGCACGGCUGACGGCAACAACGGCAGGCCCCUCCACGGUUGUGCUGGACUCGAUCAGCUGGCUGCUUCUUCGCUUGCCAUUUCCUCGCGUCUGCCAGGUCCUUGCACAGUUGCCCAAGAGGGCAAAGGUUGCCGGUCUGAAAAUCUCUCGGAUUGUGGCCCUCCUCCACGGGGACUUGCACCAGACCGGCCAGCUGGAAGCCCUGCACACCUUGGCCCGUGUUGUGGUGAAAGUGGAGCCGGCACCGGAGCCUGUGCCAGGAGGGGAUGGAGCUGCCCGAGUGGCUGUUACGCUGCACAGAAAAACGGGAGGCAAAGUGAUGCAGAAGAAAGAAUACUUCACGGUGCUCCCAGAUUUCAUCCUCAAAUGCCUCGGCGAACUGCCAGAGGGUGGCGUCUCCAGAGAGGAGAAUGACCAAGAAGUCCCAGUUACGGUGGAUCCUGCUGCCAAUUUGACCUUUAACCUGCGUCUGUCAGAGGCUGAGCGCCAGGCAAAGGAGUCGGUUCCUCUCCCGUAUCAGUUCAGCGAGGAGAAGAAGUCGUCUUUGCUACAGACGCCAGCUAAUCUGGGAAAGAUCUAUUAUGAGCCUGAUGCAGCUGAUGACGUCGAUGAAGAGGAUCCCGAUGAUGAUCUGGACGUCUGAGACGGAGCAGCUGGGAGCUGGGCUGACAGAAGACGGGCUGCCCUCUUCGCUGUUCUGCCUCUUGCUGUCAGGUGUACCCUGGAGGAGCUCUGCUGCAAAGCACUUGGAAAGGGACUGGAAGCCUUUUCAGUGCUGCCUUCUGGGCCGCCUCCACCGGCAUCACCGCCAGCAGCACGUUGGCCUUGCAUGGACCAUCUCAGGGGAAAGAAGCACUCAGCUGUCGGGGAGUAGAUUUCCAUGGAGAACUGAAGGGGAUACUUCCUUGAGAUGAAAGGCCCUGAUGGCCCUUAGAAGACCUUGAAUAUUAUCAAUAGCACCAAAUAUUGAGGUGUACUAUUAUGCUACUAGGCUUGAUGUUCAGGAAAGACCAAAUAAAACCCUGAUGAGAGUUAAACAAGCAGAGAGGCUUGUGUGUUGGGCUAAGGGACGAAAAGCAGAGAACUACGUUCCUUCCGGACCGAAUGCUGCCAGAAAAGCGGAAUAAAUACCCAGUUGGAUCUGUGACACACUUUACUUAUACCCUGAUUCAGAAUAUUCUUUUUGUUGAGGCGUUUUAGAUCAGGCAGCUUUAAUACCCGGGUCGUAGCUGCAUUAAUGAGGUUAACAGAUCUAAUUAGGUAUCAAUAUCUGCAAAUCAGAAGAAUGGUACAUGUUGUCCAAUCUCAGUAUCUUUUGGCCAUUAAAUAAAAUUGAUUUUAGAAAACCCAACCAAUUCAAAGGGAUUUAGAGUCAAAAUAUGAGCGAUUGAUGGAUGACAGCAGAUGGUAGAAACAUUUGCAAAAAGGUAUCUCAAAUGAUUCUUGUUUUAAAUUUCAUAUGGAGACCAACAAACUAAAAUACAGGAAUUUCAUGAGCAUCUUAUUAAUGUAUAAAGAAUGCUAUACCACAUCAAGAUUAGUAAAAUUGUCAACUUCAGCUCCAUGUUGUAUUGGAGAUGUAGCAGAGAGUGACAUGGUUUGAUAUUUGGAGACUGUGCCCCUUUGGUACAGCAUGUUCAGAAUUAUGGGCAAGAUACUAGGUUGUAAGUGUCCAUGAGAUCCAAGAAUAGCUUUAUUGGGAUGCUUCCCUCAGGAAGUGAGAUUAGUACAGAUACUGACUGUGCUAAUCUCACAUGGUGUAGUCUGCCUUGAGUCUCAGUGAGAAAGGCACACCAUAAAUGACAUAAAUAAAUAAAGUAUAAGUCUCUGAUUAGAAACAUAGGAGUGGCGGCCAGACUAUUAAUAUCCCAAAACCAUGAAAAAAAUCUAUUCCCGAAGUUGAAUGUUGACUGCUGAAUUAUUACAAGUUGAAUUAAGGCUGUGGAUUAUGGCUGUGUGCACUUGUUUCUAAAUAAGCUGACAGCAUUUAAAACAGGUUCGGGAGAAGAAAAAUUUCACACAAAAAUAUUUUAAUAUAUGGCAACCUUUUUGUAUUGUAUUUGAAUUAAACUGGAUGAGUGUGUAACGAACAGAAAACUUGCACUGUGUAUAUAUACCACAGACAAGCAGAUAACAGAACAACCAUGUAUAGGAUCAGCAUAACAAUAUAUAGUAUUUAAUUAUAGCUUUGCAUAUUAGUAUUCGAGGCGUUUUUAUAUUUCCAAUAAAAUAUUAAGUUCUCAUCAAAGUAAUCCCUCUUAUUCUUGCCACUUAAACCCCACCCAUUCCAUAGCUCCUCCCCAUUUGGGGAGGCAGAGAUAAGAGUGGCACAGGCAGCGGUGCUAAUUACAUUGUUUAUUGUUAUUGACGUGGCUUUGAAAUUGAGUGUACUGACUUAGAGAAAGGCGGGCUAUAAAAAACGUCAAUGAAUGAACAAAAAGACUUCUUCCCUUCCGCGGCCGCUUCCAGUUCCCCACCAGUUCAUUUAAUUAGCAGAUCGGCUUCUGCAGACGAGGCCACGCCCCUUCACACUGGCCCCUCCCACACUUAUGCCGUCGUAGCCUCGUCCCGCGAAUCUCUUCUAAACUUCUCCCUUUCCCUUGCGCGAUUAGCUCAGUACUUGUGCGCGUGCGCAUUUCCCGCGCCGUAUUCUCUCGGCACGCGUGGUCGUUCGCCCUUUCUUUUGUUGCCAUCGUUGAAUGAAACGCAUGCGCAAAGAGAAGGGCGCGACUGAGCGGGGAGCCCGGGGCGCAUGUGCAUCUCCUUUUUCUGCCUUGCUUCGUUUCCCUUCUUCCAGCCGCUGCCGAUAGACAGCGCACGCGCGCCAUCCGACUGUUUUCUCCGUACUCCCGUUCCAGGGAUUCUGCGCUUGCGCCUUUCUCGGGUUCUCAUUGGUUCGGC